AUGAAUCCAGAAGAAAACCAAGAGACUGACCAAACAGCCGAAAAUUGGCUCAGUAAUUUUGAAGAUGAAUGCUUGGAUGAACUCGAAAAUGAACCCAAUAUGGAGGACAGACUGUCAGCUGAAAGAGAAUACGCAGUUCAGAAUUUAUGGAUGACAUUUCAAAAUUCUGCAACAGCCAUAGCUCAAUUAUAUAAAGGUAAAGGACAAGGAAUAUAUCGUCAACAAGGGAAUUCUAUGUGGUUACCAUUUCAAAAUGCUGCCAUGUCUGUGACUAGUUUAUAUAAAGAAAGUUUAGAUACAUAUUCAAAGUGUGUAGACUUAGGAAUUCAAUGUGGUCGACAACAUAAAACUAGAGACAUAAUUGCCUGGGCCAGGAAAAAACGUCGACAUAUUCGUCGGGAAGAUUUAUUAGCUUAUUUAUGUGGUAAAAAUCCACCUACACGACACAGACUUGGUAGUGCCUCCAGUCGUCAGUUAGCUAGAUCAGGUCUAGAGAGAUCAUCUCAACGUCUUCCUAAUCCAACACAAGUUGAUGUUGAUCAAGAUCUCUGUGCAUUUAGAGAAGCUAUUGCUCUUCAAGGUUAG